AUGGCUGGGCCAGAACGGAGAGAAACUAUCCAAGCCCGACGGCACCGACUUUCCGUGAUCCCUCGUGCAUGCGAGGGGUGUAAGAUACGCAAGGUCCGCUGUGAUCGCUCUGCCCCUUGUUCGAACUGCCAGGCGUCCGGCAUCGCCUGCGAACAGGCCAGCCCUAAACCGAGGCCGGAAUGUCGGCCUAGACCGGAGCGAGAUCUGCAGGGACAGAUCAGACGUCUAGAAGAGCGCCUCGCUUCGCUUGAGCAGCAGUUGACAACUCAGCGUAGUAUAUCGGAGCAUCACAGAGAUACUGUGCCCGAUGAAUUCCCGACUGGGAGUGAGCAAGCUGUACCACAACCGUCCUGUGUUGCUCCUGUAUAUGAAGGCAUCUCUUCGUUCACCAGCCAGUCUAUCCUAGCAAGCAAUGUAGCUCAGACGACAGCCAACUCGGAAGGCGCCGGGGAACACUCGGAUCUCAAGUCCUCGUUAGAUCAUCUGAAGACAUUGCUCCAGACACCGACAAGAUCCUCUUUUGAAACCGAGUAUCGAAUGUCUCGAGUUCCUGCAGCACGGUCUUUGCCCACGAUGGACCACUUGUUACCCCUCGAUCUAAUUAUUGCCAUUCUACAAGAGAUAAAGAUUAAUCGCCCCAUAUUCCUUUGUUCAUACGUAAUAACCGAUCCAGACUUGGUCGAGCGCUUUUGCCAGAGGGUCUAUUUCCCGACAGAGCCAAUUUCAACGGCGCAUCUAGCCGGCAUGCACGGAAUCCUUCUUACUCUGCUGAAGGAAUUUACGAUUUUGCGAAACUCGUUGUCUCAAAAGUUUGAUCUCAAGACGCAUAUUUCCAUGUGCGAGCACAAUUUCAAUACCUUGGUCGAGUCGUACGAUGUUUUGGCUGUUCCUAGUUUUGAAAGUAUAUUUGCACUGAUUAUGGGGUUCAUAAAAGCGCAGGACGAAGCCAAGCCAUUGCUAUGUUGCACUUUCAUCUCAGCAGCUGCUAGCCAUUGCCAGAUGCUCGGGUACCAUCGAGAAAUAAUGUAUCGCGGCGAUAACACGAGAAAUUCGGAAAAUAUGCGGCGACUAUUCUGGACUACAUAUGUUUUUGAAAAGCAUAUUUCUUUGUAUUUUGGGCGGGCUUCGAACAUGCAGGAUUUCGAUAUUGAUGCACAGUACCCAGCCAUCGCCACAGAUCCUGCGAUUAGACCGUGGGAUGAGUCGUUUGUUAUGGGUAUCCGGCUAGCCAAGAUUCAGGGCGAAAUAUAUGACAAACUAUAUUCCGCAGAGGCUUCCAAGAGUUCUUACUCGGAACGAAUGAGACGAGUACAUGGACUAACAGCUGACAUUCAACAGUGGUACACUGAAUUCAAGGAGAUCGACGCAAGUAAAGUGAACAACCAUCACAUAUUUAAGAUAACCAGAGAUAGCUGGGACAUACUAUACUAUUCGACCUUCACGUCACUGUUACGCGCACCGAUCACAUCGGGCGUUGCAAGCGCGGAGCUCAGCUCACAGUGCUUUCGGGUUGCACGCCUUAGCUUACAGAGCCACUUGCGUUGUUUUGGAAGUUUUCAAACCUCUGGUUUCCAUUCCGAUGCCGACUACGCCAACUGGGUUCUGCUAUUCUCUUCCUUCACACCUUUCAUCGUUAUCUUUCUGCACGCUAUCGCAGCGACCAGCUCGGACGAUAUCCAACUUCUCAACAAGGUAGUUGAGAGUCUACAGCACAUCCGAUCUGUAUCACCUAGCUCGGAGCGUCUGUAUCAAAUCUGUUCCACCUUCUUACAGAUUGCCAAGGGACUGGUUAAAACAAGGCAGUCAUGUGUUGGGGCCUACAACCAGCUUGAGGAUAGUCUACAGUUCAUGAAUGAUGCGGGUCCGAUGUCGAUCUUCGAGCCUGAUUGCCUGCAGGGCCUUUUCGGGACGGAUACGUCAGAGCACGCCCCUUACCUAGCGGACCACGAUAUGUAUGCGAUUUUUGACUCUUGGGCAACUGGAUUGCCUACUGGGAUUAAUUUAUUUGGGGGUAAUGGCGGGGGUAUCUAG